AUGCCGCCAAAACCACCCGCAAAGAAUGGCAAUACGUCUGCUAUUGGCAAAGAGGCUGUCAAGUUGGAGAGCGUCUCCCAACAAGCAGCUCCGGAUGCGCCCAUGUCUGGCAGCAAUACUCCCAUUGUGACGCCUGGUGGUACCCCGGCUCCAGGGACACCGGCGCCGCGUUCGGGAUCCGCACGGCCAUCGCCUGCCAUGAGAGGACGUGGAGGUGCGAAGCCGCAGCCCAAGUUUGCUGGAAGACGAUCUGCAACCGCACGAGCAGAGCUCGAGGCAGCUGAAGCGAAGAAGAAGGAAGCUGAAACCAAGGCUGCUGUGGAAGAGGCAAAGAGGAAGGCAAAAGAGGACAGAAAGUUCGGCUAUGGCAGAGGUAGAGGUGGACCUAGGGGUGGUCGAGGGCGAGGAGGACACAUGAGCGACCGACCCAGAGAACAUGCGUCAGAGGCAGCUGGGGUGUUUGGUGGGGGUCGUGCCGUAUCAGAUACGAAAGGCUUGCGGAGCAGCAGACCUGUAUACCCGGGAUCGGGAGGUGGUGGAGGUGGCGGAGGCGGUGGUGGGUCUGCUGGUGGAGGGAGGUCUGGAGCGAUGGGAUACUAUGGUGGAUCGGGGAUCAAGAGAGAGGGGGGAGACCGUGAUGUGGAAAUGGGAGGGGUUCGACCACCGAUGAACGCAGAGGACGGACUCUAUAUUUCCAGCGAUGAAGACGAGAAUGAGGGCGUCAAAAGGGACAUUGACCAAAUGCAAGUGAUUGAUCUGACUGGAGACAACCCGCCAGAGCUCGAGAAUCCAUUCGUGCCAGUUCGGCUGUCACGAGUACCGCAUAAGGAACGCGCAGUCGGCCUGCAAGCAGAAGAUUCGCCAGACUCAAGCGAUGCUGCAGAUGCGAUAUCGGACAAAAGAAGAGGCAAGCAAAGAGCCAGAGACGUGGAAGUAACAGGGACAGCAGCAGUACCAAAGCGGCCCACUACAUAUAGCUCAUCUGAUACAGAAGGAGAGCCACAGGUCAAGCGCGAACCCUUAGACGAGGAGCAGACACGUCCUAGCGCACCUGAAGUAGGCGAUUUACAGUCUGGAGUGGCCAUCACAAGUCCCCUGGACGAUAUGCCGUCGUCCCCGGAGAGUAAAAGAAAGGCCAAGGAGAGGAUUAAGGCUACAGCGGACGCUACUGAUGUUGAUGGCAAUGAGUCUGACAUCGAGAGACCCCCCGAACCGCACUUCCAGACUCAAGCUGAAAAGGAUGAGUGGGUGCGCCACUACGAUGAUAAGCAAAACAUCCGACAUGAGCUGGGUAGACUGGUACCUCAGGACGCUCCACAACCUGAUGCAGAAGGUGAUUCUGUCAUGGGGGAAGAGAACGGUCAUCUGAAGAGGGCCCAAGAACGGCAACGCCUGCGUGAGGAACACGUCUAUCUCUUCCAAUUCCCACCUAUUCUGCCCGAUCUCAAAGCGAUAUCGAUCAAGGACGAAACAGAAGCUGCACGACCAGCUGGAGAUGCUGGCGACUCCAUGGACGUCGAUGACGAUAACGCUCCUGAUCCCAAUACCGCUGCCACUGCAAAAUCUGCGUUGUCCACGAGUAGUGGUUUGAGCCUACCUUCUGGACAAGUCGGAAAGCUUCGAGUGCAUGCAUCGGGCAAGACUACUCUUGAUUGGGGCGGCACCAGUAUGGUAUUGGGAUUAGGCGCUGAAGCUACGUUCUUACAAAACGUCCUGAUAGCGACAGUUCCUGAAACUAAACCUAAGGAAGGUGACAAGCCGCCCGAUCAGCAAGAGGAUGGGAUUGGAAUGGGCAUGGGCAUUAUCAGAGCCAAAUUUGUGCUUACUCCUGACUGGGAUGAAAUACUCAAGUAG